CAAAUACAAAUUUUCUUUUCCCCUAUUUCUCCAGAAGGACAGGAGAUCUGGAAAGGGCAGGAGAUUUGUAAAGAAAUAUGAAUGAGAAUGAUGAGAUAUUGAGCUACUAUAUAUUCCCUCACUUCUAACAACCUGUAAAGAAAAUCUAACAUAUGCUGCUUUGUGGAAGUAGACCCUAAGAAAAGCAAAUAUCUCCAAGCUUUCCACAAGGCCCUUGAACAUCCUUUUUAUUCAGGCUUUAGCUAGAAGAAACCUCUGUACCUAUUAGUAGUUACCAAAUGGCUCUGAUCUAGAUAUUAAACCAGGAUUAAUAAUAAUAGUUAACUAAGGACCUCAUCACUGGAAUACCACUUGAACUCCAUGAAAUUUUAUCUCUUCUUUAUACUCCUGAUAGCAGCUGAUGAUCAGACCGUGGCUUCCUUGGAAAAGAAUUAUGAAGAUACUAUAAUCCCUUAUAUGGUCUACUUGAAAUCCAGGCCUCCAUUCUGCAUGGGAACUUUGAUUCUGUCCCAAUGGGUGAUAACAGCAGCUCACUGCAACACACCGUCUGAGAUCAGGCUGGGAGUUCUUCAACCCAAUGUAAAGGAAAAGAGACAACAGGUCCGGAAUUGCUCAGUCAGCAUCAAACAUCCUCACUUCAAUCUCGAAAACCUGGACAACAACUUGAUGCUGAUUAAGCUAAAUAAGCCUGCCAAUCUCAACAAACAUGUAGGCACUGUUGCCCUGGCUAUUGUUCCUUCUGAAUCUAAAAGAUGUUUCGUUCCUGGAUGGAUCUGGACACAGUUGAAUAACUCAACUGACCCUGAUAUCCUGAGCUGGGUGACCCAUGAUAUUAUUCCUGAUGAGGAAUGCACCAAAAUGCUUCCAGAAAAAAUGUCAGAAAAUAAAAUGUGUGUGGGAUACUAUGAUGAUUUCAUACCUCCAUGCCAGGAAAUCUCAGCUGUUCCAGCCAUAUGUGACGGACGGAUACAUGGAAUUUUAACCAUAUCAUAUGGGUGUGUUCUGCAGGGAAGUGGUGGACUCUUUACCAAAAUCCACAAAUACAGACAAUGGAUCCAAAAUGUCACUUCUUCCUUUUAACUUCACCUUCUGGUCUCCCAUCUCUCCAGCUCUACUUUAUUAAUACUCUAUGCCACAGAGCUGAAACAGAAUGCCAAUAAAGUCAUGCUAAUCCUGA